AUCAGUGAAUAUUUUCCAAAAUGAUUCCUUAUAAUUCAUUUUUUUUCAAACAGAAUUCAAAUUCAUUCAUUUAUUUGAAUUCUGUUUGAAAAAUGAAUGAAUUAUAAAGAAUCUGCUUUCACGGGGCUGAAGAUGUCAACCAAGUAGUAUAGUCUACGAGUGGUGCUGUCAAACUUGCACAUAAACACAGCGUUCGCGCGUUUUCCGCUCUUGCAAGCAAAUGUAUGGUCAACUUUCGGUGGUGAUUGUCUGUAAAUUAUAUCGCGAAAUUAGUGCUACUCAAGUACAGUGCCAUGUCUAAUUUAAAACCCUUGCAAUGUCUCAACUUAGACAAACCACAGCAGAGAACAUUCAUCGAAUUCUUUAAUACAUUGGGAGAGAAACCUGCUAGUACGGUGCGCAUUUUUGACCGAUCGGAUUAUUACAGUUGCCAUGGCGCAGAUGCAACUUUGGUUGCAAAAAUACUGUUCAAAUCUACGAACGUGGUAAAAAUAAUGGAAAUUGAUGAUCACCAACUGCCCUACAUUUCGUUGAGUAAAAACAAUUUCGAAGGCCUUAUAAGAGAGCUGCUUCUUGUCCGCAAUUAUCGUAUAGAAGUGUACACAAAAUCAUCGAAAAGGAAGCUCGAGAAUGAUUGGUCAAUUCAAUACAAAGGUUCUCCAGGCAAUCUGGCCCACUUCGAAGAUGUUUUGUUUAAUAACAAUAACGAAAUGGUCAGCGGAUCGGCUCUGAUUGCUUUGCACAUUCGUCAAGAAUUGAAACAGCGGAUGGUAGGGCUGGGCUUUAUCGACGUCAACGAAAGGCGAAUGGGUGUGAUCGAGUUUGUCGACGAUGAUUUCUGCACUGAGUUGGAGGCUCUCAUCGUUUUGCUAAGCCCAAAGGAAUGUCUGCUUCCCAACGUUACAGCAGAGUAUGAGCGCAUCGGAGAAAUAAUGAAGAGAAACAAUGUUAUAAUUACAUCUCGUAAAGCGAAGGAAUUUAUGAUGGAUAAAGCUGAGGUUAUCGAAAGUUUGAAUAAAUUACUUCGAUUCCGGGAAGGCCAGCAGCAAAAUGCAAAUACCAUUCCCGAGUCAUCAAAGACGGUCGCGAUCAGUGCCCUUGGUGUGGGUUUAAAUUAUCUUGAACUAACAAAUGAGAUAGCUAAUCACGGCCAGUUCCAGCUGACAUCGCUCGAUUCAAAACGCUACGUUCUUUUGGAUGCGGCAGCAGUAUCGGCCUUGAAUCUCUUUCCUAAACCGGGAAUAUCGAUUAAAUCGAGCACCUAUCGAUGGCAGAGUGUGCUUGGUGUACUUGAUCGGUGUCGCACGCCACAGGGUCAUCGGUUGAUGGCUCAAUGGAUAAAACAACCGUUGCGAGAUUAUGAGCUUAUCAAAGAUCGUCACGACAUUGUCGAGUACUUCGUCGAUAACAGUCGUGCGCAACUGUACGAUAAUCACCUGAAGAAGCUGCCUGAUAUAAUGUUCGUGCUAAAACGCCUGUUACGUCGCAAGGCUUCUUUGCAGGACAUUUUCCGUCUGUACCAGGUGACACUACGUGUGCCCCGGAUGCUAAGUCUGCUAGAUGUGCACAACACGGGAAAUGUAGCAGUGCUUAACAAUAUAUUCAAUCCGAUCAAGGAUAGCUUGGUAGAUUUGAAGCUUUUCAAGGCAAUGGUUGAACAAAUAAUAGAUUUGGAAGCGGUCGAACAGGGCGAAUAUCUGGUAAAAGCUGAUUUCGAUAGUCAGUUGCAGGAGCGGAAACAGGAGAUGGACGAUAUUCAUUCCAAAAUGAAGCGUCACCUUUCUUCGGUAGCGAAAGAUAUCGGGCUGGAUGCUGGAUCGUCCAUCAAGCUGGAAUUUGUAAGCCAACAUGGUUUCCAUUUCCGUAUUACGCUGAAGGAUGAAACAUUGAUACGGAAAAAUAAUUCUUAUCGCAUUCUGGAUGCGAUCAAGGGUGGCGUACGGUUCACCACAACCAAACUGCAAGACUAUAGUGAAUCAUUUGCUACAUUGAAGACUGCUUAUGAAGAACAACAGCAAACAAUAGUUUCCGAGGUGAUACGAGUGGCUAUAGGAUACACAGAACCUUGGACGAUGCUUAACAAUCAGAUAGCACAGCUAGAUUGUUUGUUAAGUUUCGCCGUUAGCGCCUCAACUGCACCGACACCUUAUGUACGACCCAAAAUGCUUAAAGAUGGGCCAAGUGUAUUGAAACUUUCCCAAAUUCGCCACCCGUGUCUCGAACUUCAAGAAGAUGUAAACUUUAUCGCUAACGAUGCAAUGUUCGAUGCAAACGAUGCAUCCAUGUACAUUAUUACCGGACCAAACAUGGGAGGCAAAAGCACCUACAUAAGGUCGGUUGGUGUUGCGGUACUGAUGGCACAUGUCGGCGCAUUUGUAUCGUGCGAAAGUGCAGAAAUGUCCAUCGUCGAUUGCAUCCUGGGUCGGGUCGGUGCGGAUGAUAAUUUUACGAAAGGGCUUAGUACGUUUAUGGUAGAAAUGAUCGAAACAGCCGGAAUUAUUCGUAAAGCAAGCGAUAAAUCGCUUGUUAUUAUCGAUGAGCUUGGACGCGGCACAUCAACUUACGAGGGAUGCGGUAUCGCAUGGUCUAUUGCUGAGUGGUUAGCGAAGGAAAGCAAAUGCUUCACUCUAUUCGCCACGCACUUCCAAGAAAUAACUGACCUAGCCACGUACGUACCGAAUGUUAAAAAUUGUCACAUGGAAGCAAUGGUCGACGGAGAACGAAUGACAUUAUUGUACCAGGUAAAGCCGGGUGUGAUGGAGAAGAGUUUCGGUAUACAGGUCGCCAAACUAGCCAACUUUCCUCCGAGUGUCAUUAAGCUUGCUGAAAAAUUCUACAACGAGUGUGAAGAUCAUCGAGGAUCGCUUAAAGAAAAACAGGAUACCAACGGGUUGGCAGUGUUAAAAACGUGUUUUGAUGAGAUCGAUAAUUUUGAUUCUACCAAUGCCGUCUUUUCUUUGUCUACCGAUGCAUUGCAAAAUCUACGAUCAUUGGUGAAUUGAAUUUAUGUAUUAUCAUUCCAUUUUGCAUUGUAAUCCACUAUAGAAGUGCUAUGAAUAAAUAAGAUUGUGAAAAUUUGCGAAGAGAAA